AUGGCGUCUGCAGAUCUAAGAGCAGAGCUGGAAUGUUCUAUCUGUCUGAACAUUUAUACAGAUCCUGUAAUACUGAGAUGUGGACAUAACUUCUGCCAGGUCUGUAUCGAUCGUGUGCUGAACACCAAGAAGGGGAAUGGAGAUUAUUCUUGUCCUGAAUGCAGAGAGAAGUUCCAGGAUCGGCCUGCACUGCAGAGAAACAUGAAACUGCGAAACAUAGUGGAGAAUUUCCUGUCUACUCAGCCAGAUCCUGAGGAGUCGACUGAGGUCUUCUGUACUUACUGUAUUCACGCUGCAGUACCUGCUGUGAAAUCCUGUCUGCAUUGUGAAGCUUCUCUGUGUAAUAACCACCUAAGAGUCCACAGCAAGUCACCAGAACACAUCUUAUCUGACCCCACCACUUCCCUGCAGAACAGGAAAUGCCCUAUUCACAAAGAAGUCUUUAAAUAUUACUGCACCGAGGACUUUUCCUGUGUCUGUGUAUCCUGCUGUCUAAUUGGAGAACACAAAGGACAUAGUAAGGUGUCACUGGACGAAGCCUCUAAUGCUGAAAAGAAUAAGCUAAGAAAUGCUAUACCAAUGCUGCUGACAAAAAGAGACGAGACAGAGAAAAGAAUUAAAAGUCUGCUGAAAUGCCGGAGAGACGUCGAGAAAAAAGCAGCUGUGGACACUGAGAAGUUCACUGCCCUAUUCAGAGAGCUCAGGAGACAGCUGGAAGACCUGGAGAAGAGAGUCCUGACUGUGAUAUCUAAGAAGGCAGAGCGGGUCUCGUGCUCUGUUAAUGAUUUGAUCCAACAGCUGGAAAUAAAGAAGGAUGAGUUGUCCAAGAAGAUGUGUCACAUUGAGGAGCUGUGUAACACGACGGAUCCACUGACCGUCCUACAGGAAUCAGACACAGCGGUAAAUCAAGGGAUCUAUAUAAAGGAACCUGCAGAAAUCUUCCUGGAUGCAGACACAGCUCAUAGCAGGCUACAAAUAUCAGAUGACAGAAAAACUGCAUCUGGGUCACCAAAGCAGAAUAUCCCAGAAACCCCAGCAAGAUUCAGGGAUCAUGCUCAGGUGAUGAGUAGCAGGAGUUUCUCCACAGGGCAACAUUACUGGGAGGUAGAUGUUGGUAGAUCAUAUGGCUGGAGAGUUGGGAUGUGUUACCCCAGUAUAGACAGGAGAGAACAGAAGUCAAAGAUUGGAUACAAUAAGAAGUCUUGGGGUCUGGAGAGGGAUAAUGAUCAAUAUUCAGUGAUACAUGACAGUAAUAAAAUCGGUUUACCAGACAAUAUCUCUAGUAAAAGAGUCAGGAUAUAUUUGGAUUAUGAGGCUGGGCAGAUCUCCUUUUAUAGUCUGAGUCAUCCGAUCCUACACCUCUACACCUUCGCUGCUGCCUUCACUGAGCCUCUUCAUGCUGUGUUAGGUAUGUGGGACCGGGGAUUUUGCAUUGUAAAUCCACGUUCAGGAAGAAUUCGAGUGAUGUGA